AAAGCACACGGCGGCAAGUCCAGGGAGCUACGCACAGUGGCUUGAGUGGAGAGACGUGCACGAGGGCCUGACGAAUUAGCGCACAACAGUCUAAGUCAGAUAGGGGGGCGCACGACGGCUAGAGGGCAUACUGCAAGAGAAGGGUGCGUCUGGUGGUUUAGAAAAUGCAUGGAUGAUGGGAUGGAAGAGAGACGCGCUCAGCAGCAUUAGAAAAGCGCUAAGAGGGAGCAUGCAGCGGUUUGGGAUAGAGUAAGCGCACAGUGGUUUAAGGUCCUUGCGCGAGAGUGAGACGCGGCGGCUUUAGAGAGUCUUGCGCGAUGGCCAGGAUUUCGGGUGACCAAGGGUCAGACACCGAUGACGCGCCUUGGUGCGUGCCUAUUCGUCGAAUGACCAGGGCUUCAGGAAUUCCCAAGAUGAAGGCUCCUGUAGGGAAUAAUACAGUAGAGGACGCUAUAAUUAUUGAGGUUGACGAGCCUCUGAUGGAGGUUAAGGAAGAACCGGUGGAUAUGAUGAACAUUGACCCCCAUGAACCAUCCUCCUCGUCUUGUCCACCUCAAUCCAGGGGAGGGAUCGUGCCGCUGCCUCACUCUGGUCGGGUCAUCUUCACCCCUGCUUGGUUCACUCCCGAGGGUGUUGUUCCAGAACAGCUAAGGAUCCCCUUUUCUGUGCAGAUAGAGGGGCUGGAUUUCCUAAACACCGAGAUCAGUGUGAGUAUGGGGUAGAGCUCUAGAAGGUCGUCCGUCGCCUCAUAAGCAGGUCUUCUCUUGAGGACUUGAUACAACUUCCUGAGCUUUUGGGAAAGACCACAACGAACUUGACAGCCUUUGGAGCUCCCAAGGCUUACCAGCUUAAAAGCGAUUAUGGGGGAGUUAGCUCUAAUGGCAAAAGAGAUCCUGAAGCAGGAAAGACUGAUCUCAGCAACGCUGAGCCCGUCCAUCAGUCCCCUGUUUGAUUUUUUCUCGGACACCCUCUAUUUUUGGUUAUGUCGAGGGUCACCUGGAAGAGUUCAAAAAUGAUUUAGCAUAUAGGGAGGGUUUUCAUUCAACCCUUGAGGUCCAUUCACUGAAGGAGGGGGAGUACACUGCCCUAGGGGGAAUUUCUUUCCCGGACAACGCAGCUAGCAUGCUCGUUCUUCGAUGUCAUAUUGACGAGGCAGAGGCCUUACUAUCCCGAGUUCGCAAGGAGAUGAGGGACUUCCCUUCUGCCGAUCUGGUAUCGGGCACCUUUCCAUCAUUAGCAAGGCAACGGGCUCCCUUACAGUAGCUGUAUUGAAGGACAGGUUGGCGAUGUAUUGAAGGACAGGUUGGCGAUCAGGCAGCGCGUAUCCGUAGGGCUCAUAAGGAAUGAUUGGCCGGUGAUCCUCGCAUGCUUCUGCCUUUGCCAUUGUUGCUCUGUCCUACCUUUGCUUCGAGGCCUUUGGUAUAUUUAGUUCCUUAGAAACGUGAACUUGUUAUUUGUAACCUCUAUUUCGUAAUGGAGCGAAAGCCUCUGCUUGC